AUGACGGAAAGAGCAAGUUCUUUCGAAGAAGGUUUUAAAUUUGGAUCUAAAGUAUACUUCAAAACUAAGAAUGUUAUCAAUAAAAGUUUUGGACCGCACACUAUAUAUAUUGCUGAAAACGGUGCUUUCAUUGUUAAUAAGUCAAUCAAAGAAAAUUUGCUCUUAAUGAUUACAGCUAUUGAAAUGGCUGGAUGCAACGGAAAAGUUGUAAUAGGAAUCAAUAUUGCAGCAUCUGAUUUCUAUGUUAAUGAAAAAUACGACUUAAAAAUCGAGUCGUGCAUUAAUGUCAAAAGUCAAGUCACUUCAACUGUAAAUUUAAUAAACAAUUACCAAGAACAAGUUCCGAUGGAAGAUCUAUUUCACCAGGUCCAUUAG